GUGGGCUGGGGCCUCCAGCAAACCGAAGAAAAACCAGAAUUGGAGAAAACCUGAAUCUGCGCCGGACCAUCACCGUCCUCUCGUCUUUCUUCCGCUGCUACUGCCUUCUCUUUCUUUAUUCUCUUCCCUUUAUCUUCUGUUCGUCCCACCUACUAUUCAUCUUAAUUUCUGGGUUUUUUCCCCUGAUUUGUUUUGUAAAAAAUGUUGAUUAUGGUGUAGUUUUUUCUAAUUGUUUAAUGUCAUGACUCAUUCUUGCUAGAAUAUACAAACAAUUUGAUGAUAUUUUCUGCAAGGCGGUGCUGUCCUUUGAAAAGGAGGCGCGUCUCCCACCUUGCGCCCUGCGCCGAAGCUCCGGAGGACAUUUACACAUUUUGAAGUCUAUGCUGGAGAGUAGCAGAGGACUGUGCUGUACUCAUUCAUGGGAUAGAGAGUAGUGUUAAGUGCAUAAAGGAUAGUCAUCAAGGCUGCUGUAUAUGAUUUUCUUAUGACAGAUUGUGUAUGAUUCACUCUAGGCGACUCCAUGACACCAAAUUUCGGAAUAAUCAGAAUGGCCUUUGUGCUUAAUGAGCAAGACUCUUUUCCUAGUUCUUCCUCCCAAGUCCCAAUCAGCAGAAACUAGCGACUGUUUGGACCCGCUCCCGAGCCACGGAGCGGGUGAUGGUGCUAAAAUGCACGUUGUUUGCUUGAUGGUUCCCGUAAGGAUUCGUAAGUCGUUGGUUCACUUCUCCUUACACCGAUUAUGGCUCAAUGUUUCAUCAAAGUUCUUUCACAAGUGGCAUCAAUCUUGUCGGGUCCCAACAUCCACUUUUGCUGCUUUUAGCAGCAGUGCAGCGUCUUGUGUCCUUGAUGAAGCUCCAACUGAAGAAAAUGUCCACAGCUUUGCUGGAAUCCACUCUGAGUUAAAGAAGGGUAAUGUUUUGUGUUUUGACUGGCAACAAGAAAUUCACAGAACUCCUCCAACUUACCGUGAAAGUCUUCGAGACAAAUGCCUGGAAAUCAGAUGCUCACCAGAUGCCAAGAACUUUCAAGGAGAAGAUUUGAGAACUUUGUUGCAUGAAUCUGGUGGAAUUUCUGGUCAGCUUGCUGAUAUUUGUGCUGUGUCUAAUAUUCUGCGGGCUUGCAGUGGUGCUAAUGUUGCUUUUCACUUUGUUCAACAGAUCCAUGCUAAAAGCAUCCGUCUUGGUUUCAGUAAAAGCCCACUCGUUUGUAAUCCUUUGAUCGAUAUGUACCUUAAGAAUGAAUUUCUGGAUUCUGCUAUCCAAAUUUUCAAAAAUAUGUGUACAAGGGACAGUGUUACUUGGGUUGCCAUGAUAUCAGGCUUGUCCCAAAGCUGUCAUGAAGUAGAGGCUAUCCAUCUUUACAGUGAGAUGCGAAAGUUAGGAGUAUUCCCCACUCCAUAUGUCUUUUCAAGUGUUAUAAGUGCCUGUACCAAGAUAAACUUGUAUGAACUUGGGGAGCAACUUCACGCUCUGAUCUUCAAGUGGGGUUUUUCAUCAGAACUUUUUGUGUGCAACUCUCUCAUUGCACUAUAUUCUAGAUGUGGGAAUUUAACAUUUGCUGAACUGAUUUUCAGUGAAAUGCUGUGUAAGGAUAAAGUUUCAUACAACACUCUGAUUUCGGGCUUUGCUAUGCAAGGAUCAAACGAGAAAGCUCUCCAGUUAUUUGAGAAAAUGCACAGUGAGUCCUUGAAACCUGAUAGUGUUACAGUUGCUUGUCUCUUGGGCACAUGUUCAUCAAUUGGGGUUCUUCAUAAGGGAAUGCAACUGCAUUCAUAUGCAAUCAAGGCAGGCAUGUGCUCAGAUAUCAUCAUAGAGGGUUCUCUGCUAGACCUCUAUGUAAAAUGCUCUGAUAUUAAAACAGCCCAUAAAUUCUUCGUCGCAACUCAAACAGAUAACGUGGUGCUAUGGAAUGUGAUGCUAGUAGCAUAUGGGCAGAUAGGCAAUCUCCAAGAGUCAUUCAAUAUUUACUCACAGAUGCAGAUUUUGGGUCUGCAGCCUAAUCAAUACACAUACCCUAGUAUUCUUAGAACAUGUACUUCUGUUGGAGCACUUGAUCUAGGUGAGCAAGUUCAUACUCAAGUGAUAAAAACUGGGUUCCAUCCAAAUGUGUAUGUCUGCAGCGUGCUUAUAGACAUGUAUGCCAAACAUGGAGAAUUGGAGACAGCCCUGAAAAUAUUCAGACGUCUUAAUGAAGACGAUAUUGUUUCCUGGACAGCUAUGAUUGCUGGAUAUGCUCAACAUGACAUGUUUGACGAAGCUCUUAAACUUUUUGAAGAAAUGCAAGAACGAGGAAUUCUAUCAGAUAACAUAGGGCUGGCAAGUGCUAUAAGUGCAUGCGCUGGAAUUCAAGCUCUCAAACAGGGACGUCAAAUUCAUAGUCAGUCGAUUGUCUCUGGUUAUUCUUCAGAUAUUUCAAUUGGAAAUGCACUUGUAUGUUUAUAUGCUAGAUGUGGUUGUACUCUGGAGGCACACUUAGCAUUUGACAAAAUGUAUGCUAGAGAUAAUGUUUCAUGGAAUGCAUUGAUAUCAGGAUUUGCACAAAGUGGAAAGAGCGAGGAAGCACUAAAGGUCUUUUCUCAAAUGAUUCAAGCUGGAGAGGAGGUUAAUAUGUUCACAUAUGGCUCUGCUGUUAGUGCAGCGGCAAAUUUAACGAAUGUAAAUCUAGGAAAGCAAAUUCAUGCCAGAACAAUUAAAACAGGUUAUGAUUGUGAGAUAGAAGUAUGUAAUGUAUUGAUCACAUUGUAUGCAAAAUGUGGACGGCUUAAUGGUGCCAGGAGGGUGUUCACGGAGAUGCCUGAGAAAAAUGAAGUUUCAUGGAAUGCUAUGAUUACAGGAUAUUCUCAACAUGGAUAUGGCAGGCAAGCUAUAGAACUGUUCGAGGAUAUGACACUGUUGCAAAUGAAGCCAAAUCAUAUAACAUAUGUAGGGGUCUUGGCAGCAUGUAGCCAUGUAGGAUUGGUGGAGGAGGGGCUGAAUUACUUCAGAUCCAUGCGUGAACAACAUUCCUUAGUACCGAGACAAGAACAUUAUGCCUGUGUGGUUGAUGUUCUUGGGAGGGCCGGUCAAGUUUCCCGUGCAAGAGCAUUUGUGGAGUCUAUGCCAAUUGUACCAGAUGCAAUGGUCUGGAGGACCCUCUUAAGUUCCUGCACAGUUCACAGGAAUACAGAAAUUGGUGAAUUUGCAGCAAGGCAUCUUUUAGAACUAGAACCUACAGAUUCCGCUACUUAUGUUCUCAUGUCAAACAUGUAUGCUGUUACUGGUAAAUGGGACAAUCGGGAUCAAGCAAGAAGACUCAUGAGAGACAGAGGUGUGAAGAAAGAGCCUGGUCGGAGUUGGAUUGAAGUAAAGAAUUCAAUCCAUGAAUUUUAUGCUGGUGAUAGACUCCAUCCUCUUGCAGAUGACAUUCACAAGUACUUGGAGGUUCUAAACAACAGGUUAGCUGCACUUGGUUAUGUUCAAGACCGAAGUAGCUUAUGGAAUGAUCUAGAGCUGGGGCAGAAGGAUCCAACUGCAUAUAUUCACAGCGAAAAGUUGGCUGUUGUUUUUGGACUUCUAAGUUUGUCUAAUAUGAUUCCCUUGCAUGUUAUGAAGAAUCUGCGUGUUUGUAAUGAUUGCCAUAAUUGGAUUAAGUUUGUCUCAAAGGUUGUUGAUCGAACUAUUAUUGUCCGUGAUGCAUACCGCUUCCACCAUUUUCAGAAUGGAUUGUGUUCAUGUAAAGAUUAUUGGUAACUUGGAACAACCAAUACAGAGGAUAGUAACUAUCUGCACUCACCUUGCUGGACUCCAAUAGGAUGCUUUUGCAGCUGCCAUGAGAUUGCCAUUUUCUAACUGGAAAUGGACCAUGAAGUGGGUUGCGAACUGCCGGGUACAUUUUCGAUGUUGGCUUGCUUUGGCCGCAUUCAGAGGUAUACUUGAUGCAAUCAUUAAAAUGAUCCGUACAGAGUGUUUUUGCUGCAUCCGUACUUUACGGGGUGAAGGAGGAGCUUGUUAAGGCCUAAUUCUCAGAAAAAGGUCUUCUGAAGAGUGUUAGAUGAUAUUAUUACCACCUGGAAGUUAUAUAUGCUGCUUAAAUUUACAAAAGCAAGUUAAGAGAGUGGGAUGGCACGGAAAAGAAGCAUUGUGGAGGUCAUCUCAUCGGUCAGCUCAGUCUCUUAAGACAUCACAUCACACAAAAUGGAGCGCGCUUGUAGUGUGGAUAUCUCUCAUCUGUGGAGGCUAUUCACCAUAACCUAUCCUGUGUCGUCUGUGUUGCAGAAUUCAAUCUAAAUUGUAAUGAGUAUCAUACAUAUAGCUCUCUCUCUCUCUCUCUCUCUCUCUCUCUCUGCCUUUGCAAUGUCCAGUUACCAAACCCACCCAAAGUUUAGUAAGUAAAGAUUAAGCCGUGUUCUGUAAAUUGGAUACUCAUAAUUUAUAUUUACAAAAUUGAUUCUUAUAAA